CACGCCUCAGCCCCGGCCACCAGAAGGCUCCUCUCUCUCUCUCUGCUGAGCGCGAAGGAGGAGCUGUCAAAAGUUUCCAAGUUCUUUAAAGUCGAGACGGAGCUCCUUUCCACAAGACGUACGUGACCAACUUAGUCACACAGCGUUCCUACAAACGGAGAAGCCGUGCCAUUAUGGAGUAACAAACCCCUGUGAGGAGAAACUGAGCGGUCAGAAAAAGAAAGAAUAAAGAAAACGGGACGAAAUGGCAAACUCAGCUGAGACUGGAUUCCUUCUCACCUUCUUGCUCCUCUCCUCAGGCUGGUGUGUGACGCCGGAAAAGAAAGUAUGUCAGGGAGGGAAUAACAGACUGACUCUUCUGAGCAGUGUUGACGAUCACUAUCAGAACAUGGUGAAGAUGUACAGCAACUGCACCGUAAUUCUGGAGAACCUGGAGAUCACAUACACCACAGACAAACAUGAUCUGUCCUUCCUGAAGACCAUCGAGGAGGUUGGUGGCUACGUCCUGAUAGCUCUCAACCAAGCGCCCGAAAUUCCACUUACCAAUCUGCGCAUCAUCCGUGGCCACACGCUGUACCCUGACAACAACUUUGCCCUAGCUGUUCUGUCAAACUACAAUCAGUCCACAAGAAUGGGCAUGAAAAAACUGCCCCUCACCCGCCUGACUGAAAUACUCAAGGGUGGGGUGAAGUUUGCCAGCAACCCUUCGUUAUGUCACGUGGAUACCAUCCAGUGGGCAGACAUCUUAAAUAUAAAGAGCAGUCCACUCAGCCUCGAGCUCAAUAACAAAUUCUGUGAAAAGUGUGAUUCGAGCUGCCACAACGGCUCUUGUUGGGCUCCUGGCCCGGAGAACUGCCAGACGUUUACGAAGCUGACGUGUGCAGAGCAGUGCUCUGGAAGGUGUAAGGGACCUAAACCCAGCGACUGCUGCAACGAACACUGCGCUUCUGGCUGCACUGGACCCAGACCUACAGACUGCCUGGCCUGCAGGGACUUCCAGGAUGAAGAUACAUGCAAAGACGCAUGCCCCCCUCUCAUGCGUUAUAACCCCAACACCCACCAGCUGGCCCCCAACCCGGACGGGAAGUACAACUUCGGGGCCACAUGCGUCAAGAGCUGCCCACAUAACUAUGUGGUCACGGAUCACGGUGCGUGUGUGAGAGCGUGCAGUCCAGGCACCCACGAAGUGGACGAGGAUGGGGUCAGGAAGUGUAAGAAGUGUGAUGGCCUGUGUCCAAAAGUUUGCUCAGGACUUGGAGUGGGUCAUCUGGCUGGUGUCUUGUCAAUCAAUGCCAGCAACAUUGAAUCAUUUGAAAAUUGCACAACGAUCAAUGGAGAUGUCUUAAUCCUUAAGACAACGCUUUCUGGAGAUGAAUAUACAAAGACUCCCAAGAUGGAUCCUGCCAGGCUAAAUGUUUUCAAGACAGUCAAAGAAAUUACUGGAACUCUGUUGGUUCAGUAUUGGUCUCCAACUAUGCCUUCUCUCAGUCCCUUUGAAAACUUGGAAGUCAUCCGCGGACGAACAAAAUAUCAAGGCACGAUCAGCCUCGGGGUCAGCAGAAUUCCCAUCACCCACCUAGGCCUGCGUGCUCUGAGGGAGAUCAGCGACGGCGACGUUUCCAUCACACUCAACAAAAAACUCUGCUACAACAGUCCUGAGCACUGGAAACGCCUCUUCAAAUCAGACAGCCAGUCCGCCCGGCGCAUGGAAAACGCUGACGAAGCCACUUGUGCGGCACAGAACCGUACCUGUGAUGAGAUGUGUACUUCUGAAGGCUGCUGGGGUCCAGGGCCCACCAUGUGCUUCAGCUGUGAACACCGGAGCCGCAAAAGGAGCUGCGUGGCCUCCUGUAACCUGCUGGAGGGUGAGCCGCGGGAGUGUGAAGUCAACAAGACGUGUAUUGAGUGUGACCCCGAGUGCAAACCCCUGAAUGGAACUCUAACCUGCGAAGGACCUGGCCCUGACGGCUGUAAAGAAUGUGCCAACUUCAGAGACGGACCACACUGCGUGGCUCGCUGCCCACAGGGUGUCCCGGGGGAGAAGGACACCCUCGUGUGGAAAUACCCCGACAGCACACGGGUGUGCCAGCUCUGCCACCAGAACUGCACUCAAGGAUGCACUGGACCAGACCUGAAAGACUGCAGAGAUUUUAAGCCUUAUUCAGGCAUGUCCGUAAUCGCUGCUGGUGUGGUCGGCGGUCUCCUGGCCUUUGUUAUCCUCAGUCUGGGUGUGGCGGUGCUCAUAAGGAGACGACACAUCAAAAGGAAGAGAACACUGCGCAGAUUGCUGCAGGAGAGAGAGUUAGUGGAGCCGCUCACCCCCAGCGGAGAAGCUCCAAACCAGGCCCUGCUGCGCAUCCUCAAAGAAACCGAGUUUAAGAAGAUCAAAGUUCUGGGUUCCGGAGCUUUCGGCACUGUGUAUAAGGGCUUGUGGGUCCCAGAAGGGGAAGAUGUGAAGAUCCCUGUGGCCAUUAAAGUUUUGCGAGAGGCCACGUCCCCGAAAGCAAACAAAGAAAUUCUUGAUGAGGCCUAUGUGAUGGCCAGUGUGGAACACCCUCAUGUGUGUCGCCUGCUGGGCAUCUGCCUGACGUCCACAGUGCAGCUGGUCACCCAGCUCAUGCCCUAUGGCUGCCUGUUAGACUACGUCAAGGAGAACAAGGACAACAUUGGCUCUCAGCACCUGCUCAACUGGUGUGUGCAGAUUGCAAAGGGAAUGAGCUACCUAGAAGAGCGCCACCUGGUGCACAGGGACCUGGCUGCGCGUAAUGUGCUGGUGAAGACCCCUCAGCAUGUGAAGAUCACCGAUUUUGGCCUGGCCAAGCUGCUCAGCGCUGAUGAGAAGGAGUACCAUGCAGAUGGUGGGAAGGUACCAAUAAAAUGGAUGGCGCUUGAAUCCAUCCUUCACAGGACUUACACACAUCAGAGUGAUGUGUGGAGUUACGGCGUGACUGUCUGGGAACUGAUGACGUUUGGGACGAAGCCGUAUGAUGGAAUCCCUGCCAGUGAAAUCGCAGGAGUUUUGGAGAAGGGAGAGAGGCUGCCACAGCCUCCUAUCUGCACCAUCGACGUGUACAUGAUCAUGGUCAAAUGCUGGAUGAUCGAUGCAGACAGCAGGCCAAGAUUCAGAGAGCUCAUUGCAGAGUUUUCCAAGAUGGCACGAGAUCCAACACGCUACCUUGUCAUUCAGGGUGAUGAGAGGAUGCACCUUCCGAGCCCCACGGACUCCAAGUUCUACCGCAGCCUGAUGAGCGGUGUGGACCUGGAUGAGGCUGUGGAUGCUGAUGAGUAUUUAGUGCCCAACCAUGGUUUCUUCAGCAGCCCCAGCACCUCCCGUACACACCUGCUGCACUCUGUGAGUCUCAACAGCAGCAUCGGAUCAUGCCAGAACAGGAAUGGGAAUCUCUUCCCAGUCAGAGAGAACAGUGUCAUACUGCGCUACAUCCCAGACCCGACCGGCCCGUUCCUGGACGGAGACUUCCAGCCUGCCCCAGAAUACAUGAACCAGCAGAACGGUGCCAUCCUGUCAGACAUGUCCAACCCCAACUAUCAGCACCCAGCCCCACCACGUGCGGCCCACCCCACAGGUGCCCUGGACGAGACAGAGGAGGAGUACCUCAACUGCUUCAAAAACCCAGUAGCUUCUUCUGGAAUUAGUCCGCCUGAGUACCUCAACACAUCCCAGGCUCAUCUAAACAACUCUCAGGCUCAUCUCCUCUCUCCCUCCUCGUCCAGCCACUUCCGGCCCAACGGGCACAGCUUCAUCGCCCAGAGCAGCAUAGACAACCCAGACUACCAACAGGACUUCUGCCCACUGGGGGUGAAGCCAAAGGCCAACGGUCACCUCCCUGCUGCGGAGAACGCAGAAUACAUGGGGGUGGAGGUGCACUAGCAUGGGUUAGAUUCCUGUGAAGACAGGAACUGUUUAGAAGCUACAAUAGAGACCUAGCAGGCCUCUUUUGUUUUGUAGAGGGAAAUGGACCCACACAAAGUUGUCUUUGUCUGUAUUGCAAGGCUCUACGUUGCCUCUGACUUUGUGGGCGGAGCUAGAAUUUGGUUGUUUCGGGUUACUUUUCAGGCACCACUUUGUUGUUCGUUUUCAGCUAGACUACAAGGGCGUUUUCACACUUUCACGUCUGAGAAUGCUUGCACAGAAAGUUCGGUACGUGUAGUUAACAACAUGACCCCUUGACAACAACAACAUGACCCCUUGACAACAACAACAUGACCCCCUGACAACAACAACAUGACCACGCCCCAUGACAAUGACAUCAAAACUCACCCCUCGCCACCUGGAAACCUCAAGCGAAUUCUAGCGCAGUUUGCACCGUGUUGGAAAACUGGGAAUUAAAUCAUGCGAUUCAUUGUUACUUUCCUUUACUAUCCUCUUCAUUUAUUCAGAGUCGCCCAUACAAGUAUAUAAUAUUUCUAUUUUGUAGUUGCACAGUUCAACAGGAAUGAAUUACCAACAUGUUUUUCUUCAGUAAAUGCAUAAAAUCCCACUCAACUUCAAUAUAGUUUUAUUAAAAGUAGAGGGCAAAGCCUGGAUGGCAAAGAAAUCUUCCCAAGCAAGAAAAGUACACAGUUCCCAUGUGUUCUUGCAUGAAACAUGUCACCAACAACUGCUGUUCAUCACAUUUUUAGUGUAUAGAAUUGCACAGUUCAGAAGGUGUGAGAACAGACCCGCUCUUCUCAAAGCGAGCCUGGAAUCGAACCUGGACGUGGACCCAAGCGUUCAGGCCAAGUGUGAAAACGCCCUAAGUAAGGCUGGGUAUUGUUCAGUAUUGUUAGGUACCGAAAAAAUACAGACACCUUGGCUCCAAUUCCUGAAUAAUAAUUCUAUUAAAUAAUGAACUGAAAGUAGGUGUGGCUUAACCUAGAGUUGACUCUGAGUUGCAGAAACAGAUUUCAGUCUAAUCAAGAAACACUGACAUUAGUUAUAUACAUUGUAUAUGAAUGAAAUUUAGGCACCCAAUCGCCAGUCUAGAUUUUGGGACACGCAUGCUUGUUGGCAGGCAUGUGCACAGAUAAAACCUGGUUUGGGGGGGACAGGGGGUUGUGUUGGUGCUUGAGCCUUGCCCCUUUGCCUUCAGACUAUAUAAAUGCCCUCUUGGUCAGUGUGUAUUUUAUAUUGUCUCUGCCAUUCUUCAAGAUCAAUUUCAGUCAAAUGAGGCUCAGCCUCGCCCCAGGAAUAGAGCUUCUGGGUUGGCUUGGGUUCAAAAUGAUUCACUGAUCCUGGGCGCCCCCUCUGGUGCAGUACCAACCUCUAAUGCAUCACCACAGUACUGGAAAUCCCACCAGUAGUACUCUGAUACUCUCUUUAAGACAGCGUCACAUUCUGUAAAACAGAUUUAUAUGGGACUUAGUGAAGCUCUUAUAGCUAUGUAAGUGAUUAGAUGGUGUAAUGAGUAACGUCAUGGCUUUGCCUGCUGGUGACUGGGGUUAGAAUCCCUGCAUUGGUAGUUAAUUAGUGUUUUGGCUGCCUUUGGAAAAUUCUUCACACUACAUUUGAUUUCCUCUGAAACAUGAUUACGCUGUAUCUCUUGAGAAGUGGUUAUAAAUGAUACAGUAUACAAGUUUAAUUCAUGUUCACGUUGCCCCCUUUUCCCCUGUCCCCCAAAAAUAUCUGUGAACGGGCCUGCUUAUUGGCUAAAGGAUGCUGAUAACGUUGGCCACUCGUGUAGUGAAAUCUGAUCUCAAAUGAUGUUAAGGUUUCGAUACUUGGUAGUGUUGAAGUCAUUUGGUCGGUACCGUAAAACUAUUGAAUGACCCAGCCCUAAGUCAACAAAGUGAGCUCUGCCUUUUCGACAAGGAUGCUUCUAAUUUCAGCCUCAUUCAGUGUCCAAAAUAUAUGACUAAAGCACAUUCUGUGUGUAAGCUCACCAUGUAAGGACACUGAUGCUUCAGAAAAAUGACUUUCAGAAAAUUUUGGAUGAGGACAACCAACACCAAUCAUGUGUCAUGUAUUGGGACUGUGCUGUGUAGCAUGUAUAGCUUUGAAACACUACGAAGACUCAUCAGCAAAUCACGGGAGGCUGAGCCAUGAAUAUUUGCUGUGAAUAAAGGACAAAAUGGUGGCGUUAAACCCACUGAAGUUUGACCACCAUUUUUAUGCUGGAAGUGUCUGUUGGCCUGGGAGAAGCAGGCCAACUCACAAAAGGUACGUGCACAAGACUGAAAGAUAUGGCUGAUGAUGAUUGUGUUAUCGCAUCUAUUACAGUAUCUUAUUUGGUAUCAUACAAGCUGUGUACAGGGUCACGUGUAUCUUUCACUCUCUGUCAAUUCGUUCUUGUGUCUUUGCAUCGUUGCACUCCUUGGAUUUUAUAUUGAGCUAAAAAUCAUUAAAGCUUGCAAAGUGUCUUUUAAGAAAGAUCUAUUUUUCUGUUGGAUGCAUCCAAAACUGCAUAUUAACAUACUAAAAAAGUUUAUUCACUACAGAACAGCAUUCAUUAGUAUAGUAUGUAGAGUAUAGUGUGUGGUUUUGGAUGCCUUUGUAAAUCUCUCACUGAAUUUUCUAUGUAAUUUCUGCAUAAUUCAGCUGUGGAAAUGUAAACAAAGUCAUGCAGAGUGGUGUGAUAUGAAAUGGUUCAUUGCAUAGAAACUUACUGGACAUUUUUCUUUACAAUGGUGAUGAAUGGAACCAGGAGUUGCAACACAAGUAUAGCCGCUGAACCUACAUGUCUUCAUAUGUAAUGUUUUCAUAUAUAAUGUUGAUGGAAAAAAGGUGGAAAAUCUGAAGAAAAUUGCGUUUUGGGUCUAUUUUGCUUUGCUUAUACCUCUCCACAUUAAAUGGUUGUUAAAAAUACA